GGUUAUCAACGCUGAGAAGUCGGAGUUCAAUGAGGACCAGGCAGCCUGCUGUCAGAUCUCCAUCCGGAGGAAAGAGCUGGGCCUGGAGGAGGAUGAGGAAUGGCUGAUCCUGUGCUCCACGCAGUUCCUGACUGGUUACUACUGGGCACUGUUUGACGGCCAUGGUGGCUCAGAAGCUGCCAUCAUCGCCUCCAACUACUUGCACUACUGCAUCAAGCAGAAGCUGGAGGAGGUUGUGGGAGGCAUCACAGAGGUCCGUCCCCCCAUGCAUCUGAGUGGACGCUGUGUUUGUGACAGUGACCCACAGUUCGUGGAGGAGAAGCACAUCCAUGCAGAAGACCUGGUGGUGGGAGCCCUGGAGAACGCCUUCCAGGAAUGUGAUGAAGUUAUCGGCCAGGAGAUGGAAGCUACAAACCAGACAGGAGGCUGCACUGCUCUGGCUGCCCUUUAUUUCCAGGGAAAGCUGUAUGUGGCUAAUGCUGGGGACAGCAGGGCGAUUCUUGUUCUGAAGGACAACGUUGUGCCCAUGAGCUGCGAGUUCACACCCGAGACAGAGAGGCAGCGGAUCCAGCACUUGGCUUUUCUUUUCCCCAAGCUCCUGGAUGGCGAGUUCACACGCUUUGAAUUUCCACGGAGGUUGAAGGGAGAUGACGUGGGCCAGAAAGUCCUGUACCGGGAUUACUUCAUGGAAGGCUGGGGAUACAAGACAGUGGAGAAAGCCGACCUCAAGUAUCCUCUUGUCCAUGGUCACGGGAAGCAGGCUCGCUUGCUGGGGACUCUGGCUGUUUCUCGAGGUCUGGGGGAUCAUCAGCUCAAAGUCAUCGACACCAACAUCGAGGUCAAACCUUUCCUCUCCUGCAUUCCCAAGGUGAAUGUAUUUGACUUUGCUCUGCAUGACAUUAAGGAAGAUGAUGUCCUCAUCAUGGCAACUGAUGGCCUUUGGGAUGUUCUCUGCAACAAAGAGGUGGCCCAUAUGGUCAGGAGCUUCCUUGCAGAAAACAGGACAGAUCCUGACAGAUUUUCAGAACUGGCCAAGUGCUUGGUGUGCAGAGCAAGGGGAAAGAAGAGAGGCCACCAGUGGAUGCUGGAUGACAGCCACGAGGCAUCCUAUGAUGACAUCUCUGUAUUUGUCAUCCCACUACACAACAGGGGUGAGGACUGA